GCUAUCAAAGUCCCCGGCACGCCCCCCUUUCUGAGAUGACCCCGGAAAACGGGAGGGGCAUCUCUUUACGCAUCAGCCAAUGGCAAUCGAAGGAUUCCAGUGUCACUACGCGUCACCGACCGCCGACCCGCGGAGGAAUCUCUCCAACGCGCGGACCGUCGUCAAGGGGCCCGGACCAAAAUUGCCCGGACUUUGUGCUCAGCAUUCGUCGUUCGUCGCAUCCCACGGUCGCGCUAUGGACCUUUCGGACCUAACGUCUCUAGAGCUCGAAAUCCUGGAACGGACAGCUGACAUGGGUGCCAUAUCCUAUGAUUCGACCCCGAUGCGCGACGUGGACGAACGCAGCGCCGCGGGCACCGACUGUGGCAACGACCAACGGCCGCGCCGCGGUGAAGCGAGUCCGCAAGAGCUGGAAGACGCACCCGACGAUGGAAUCGGGCGGCUUGGGAACACGGACUGGUGUCUAUGUGGUUCCUGCGCGCCGAUGGAGACCGUCGUCGAGUGCGUCUGCUGCCGCGAAUACCCGGCCGUCGCACGGAAGCAGCAGGGCCGGCAGGGCUGCGUAACGGGCCACCCGGACUUCGAGGCCCUGUGCCUCAACCCUGAGGUGUUGAGGUUGGCCUACCUCAACAUGCGGCACUGCGGGCAGCAAGGGAUGGGCGCAAGUGCCAGCGAAUGCCAGACACCCUGAAGCCGGUGGAUGAUCAUCUCGACAUGUUCCUUGUGGUGCCAGCAACACUUGCACCGCUGGUGUGGCAUUCUUUGCACGCUAUGCUGGGAUAGUUUUUUAGGAGUGCCAUGUCUGGACAGCUUAUUCAGAAGCAGGCUGUCGUCGUCGAGAUCCAUGCUUUUUUUUUUAACAGAUGAUGUUGCAGUGCCCACAUGGGCGAGUAUGACAGAAAGGAUUCGAGAUUGGAAUAGGUCACCAAACAGUAUCGCAUCAUUUUUCGUUAAAAUAUUUUUCUAACAACACUAUUCAUUGAAAUAAACACUGAAAUUCAAAGUUUCUCGUGCAAGAAUGGGGAGGCCUGGGGGUGCUCAUAUGUAUCCCCACUACUCUCAUGAUAGUAGUGUCACCUCUAAAUCAACACAGCAUAAUGGAAGACAUAUCGCAGUCUAAAACGGGGAAAAAUGUUGAUAUAUGUGUCUUGCAGAUGCGUAUAUGACCAAAUAGCAAAUGAUUGCGGUGCCCUGAGCCCUAAGGUAUUCAGGACCAAUAAACACAUGGGGGUGGUAGCAGCUGUCAUGGCAAAUGGAAGCUGUCAGAAUGACAUGUUC